AUGAGUAAUUCCUAAUUAUAUAAACCAAAUGAUCUAAUUGAAUUUGAAAAUCACAAGCGUUAUUCAUCAGUGGGAAAGAUGCUAGAUUCGAUGAAACAGACUGCACCUGCUUAUGGUUUUGGAACAUCCACUAGAUAUUAAGCAUAAUCCAUUUACCGAGAUAAAAAAUUGCUUCAUAAAGGAAAAAGCAGUCCAGGACCCUGUUAUAAUUCUUCCAAUUAUAUUAAAGAGUUAUUAGCUAGAAAUACAACUGUCAAAAUAGGAACCGCUAAAAGAAAUAAUCUUAAUUAGACAUAGUAUGAUUAUUAUACAAGGCAAGAUAGCGAUUUCGAACCUCAUAAAGCUAAUGACUUUCGGAAGAUGAAUUCAACUAUUGUAAAGAUAGGUCUUGCCUAACGUUUCAAAACUGAUUAUAAAAACUAAGUUCCUGGUCCUGAUCAAUAUGAUAAUCUGAUUAAAAAAACUGGACCUCAAUAUUCAGUAGUUCCAAAAAGACCUAUUUCUAAGUCAUUCUAAGGUUCGACACCUGAUUUAAUUGGUCCCGGAGCUUAUGACGUAAACAAAUCAUUGGAUAUAACUCAUGAGAGCUAUCCUAGUAUUGGAUUCACAAAAGGGGAAAAGAUGAAAGGUAUCAAGAGUGUUGAAAGAAAUUAAACUUAUUACACUAAGGGAUCGAUUGGAGUACAAAUCAAAUCUAAUUGUGUUACUAAGCCGUGUUUUACUAUUGGGAAAGAAAGUAGAGACAUUAAACCAGGCAUUUUCAAAAGAGAUAUGGAUGGAGUUUCUACAAAAAUAAAAAUAUCAAUGCCUAAAUUUUGAGUACUCUUUAAUUUAGAUCAAUUUUAAUAUUAAUAUUCAUAUAA